ACUAGUGUUUGCAACUCUUUCAAUUCGACUUAAAUGUGAUUCUUAUCCUUACUUAGUUGAAGAAAUUGAAAAAAUAUCGCUAUACAUUAUGGUGACUUGCUGUUCUGUUGUGGGAUGUCGUAAUGUAACUGAUAAAGCAAAGGGAGUUCGGAUGUUUAACUUUCCGAAAGUUAAGAAGAAUUGUAUUUCGGCGAACAAGAAUCAAUUGGUGAGAAAAAGAAGAAAAGCAUGGUUUGCCAAACUUAACCGAAAGGAUAUCAAGUUGGAAGAUUUGAAUACUAGGAGAAUUUGUUCAGCGCAUUUCAUUUCAGGGAAACCUGCUGAUGUUAUGGAUGUUAAUGACCCUGACUGGAUACCAUCUAUAAAUAUGGGAAAAAUUGAUGUGAAAUUAGGAAGUGAUAAAACUUCGUAGGCGGACUGAAAGAUACGCACAGCGCGAAAUUGCUCGAGUUUCAAUUUCAUCUACUUCACCAUCACCACCUGAAGAAAUUUCGUAUUCAAAUUCAUCGAUAGAAAUCAAUGAAGAUGGCAGUGAUGAUAGUGCUUCCACGAUCGUUGAUAAUAAUACGCCGAAAGAGCAACUUGAAAAUGAUUCACAUUGUAAAGAAACAAUCGAUGUAUGGGGCGAACUUCAAAAAAGAACUGAAGAGGUAUUUCAACUAAGACAAGAAAUACAACGCCUCUCGGAUCGUCAGUUAACCAAGGCAGCUUUUAUGAAAGACGAAGUGAAAUUGAAAUUCUACACCGGCUUGCCAAGUUUUCAAGUAUUUCAGUUAAUUCAAAAUGCAAUAGAUGAUUCAUUGAGCUCGUUGAAGUUUACAGCGAUAGAUAACUUUCAAAUGCUUUUAUUAACGUUGAUGAAGCUUAGAAUGAAUAGUUCUUUUAGAGAUUUGGGCUAUAGAUUUGGUAUUCGAGCCGAUUCUGCUUCGCUGAUUUUCAAGAAAGUUAUCAUAUUUCUAUAUCAUGCCUUGAAUGAAUUCAUUAUUUGGCCUAGUCGUGAUGCAGCUAAAGUAUUGAUACCAGCUUGUUUUCGAAACAAUUUUGGAGAUAAGUUUGCUAUAAUUCUAGAAUGUUUUGAAGUUAGUACUCAGAAACCUUCAUCGUUACGAGCAAACCAACAGUCGUUUUCUAAUUACAGUGGUACAAAUACUGUAAAAUACUUGAUCGGUAUUACCCCACAUGGAGUAGUUUCUUUCGUUUCUAAAGGUUACGAAGGUAGAGUCAGCGAUAGAGUUAUAACAGAAGACUGUGGUAUUCUUAAAAAUCUUCUUCCUGGAGAUGUUGUGUUAGUUGAUCAAGGAUUUACUAUCAAUGAAUUAGUUGCAGAGACACAAACAGUAAAAGUACCAGAUUCCAAUCGAAGCCAAGCACAACUUCAACCAAGUCCUGUGGAAAAUACACGAACGAUUGCAUCUGUUCGUAUUCACGUUGAACGAAUUAUAGGCGAGAUUAGAAACAAAUACGCUAUCAUGAAUGGUCCUAUCUCUAUUGAAUUACUUCGCAAUAUGUAUCAAAACGAACGAUUAUUAGAUUUCAUUGUAAAGGUGUGUUGUAUUUUGGCCAAUUUUUGUGAUUCUAUAGUACCUAUUGGUGAAUAAAGACUCAUUUAUAUAAA